AUCGAGUGUGUUAGCAAUUUUAAACAAUGUUUAAUAUUGAUCUCGGAAAGUAUUUCUAGAUAAUUAUUAUUAUUGUAGUUUAAAUGUUAUCAGGGCCAUUUUUUUAAUUUCUAUUAUCGACUAGACAUGUAAACAUGGUUUCAACACAGGUUAAAGUUGAAGAGUUAUGCCGAACAUGCCUUACAAAGGAAAUUGAUUUAAUUUCUGUAUACGAAGUAUAUUCAAAUUCCACUUUGGAAAAUAUUAUAUCCUCAUUAACUGGCAUAAAGAUAGAAACGGGUGAUGGCUUUCCAACAAGUGUAUGCUCUGUGUGCAAAGAAAAAGCUACAAAUGCAUAUGAUUUCAAACUACAAUCUAUACAAGCUGACACCAACCUUCGUAAAAUUUACAAGAAAACAAAACAUGAAGCAAAAGUGUGUGAAGAUAAGUUUGUAAAAAUGGAACAUGAACCUGAUGAUGACUUCAUGGACCCAACAGAUUUUGAGAUUGACUUUUCAAAUGACUUUGAAUCUUUUGACAACAUUAAAACUGAGCCAGAGACAAAUAUCAAUGAAAAAAAGAAAACAGAUAAAAUUCCAACUUCAGAUAAAGAUGGUGGUACAUAUUGUCCUCUUUGCGCCACAAGCUUUCUAAACUCAGAUGGUUUGACUAGUCAUAUGUGGGAGCAUCAUGCUGACAUUAUGGGUCCUAAAAAAAGGGGCCGCCCCAAAAGGCUUGGCACAACGGCAAUUCUUAAUAAACUCUCGGAGAAUGGUGUACAUGUCAAGUGGGUGACAGACAUGAAGUUCAGCUGCACCUUUUGUUCGCAGCAGCUUAGAUCAAAGGAUGAUUUAGACUUGCAUGUGAAAUCUGAUCACGCAGAUACAAAAUUAUUGAAUUGUUUAAUAUGCAAGAAGAUGUUUUUGAAAAUGGAUGAUUUUGGAAAACAUAAAUGCGGCCAAGACAAGAAAGGCGAUAAGCCAGAGGUACAACCCGGCGGUGAUGCGAGCAAAGAUAUAUGUGGAGAGGGGACAUUACAAGAAAUAAUUGAAAAAAUUCCCGAUACGGAAUGUGUCUCGGAUAUAUUUAUAUGCGAUUAUUGCGGGUGCGUCUGCGCCGGUCGCGAGGCGAUUGCAAGACACAGGGACGAUGAUCAUCCAGAGAUGUCCCCGCGAUGCUCGCUUUGCUGCAAGACGUUCGCCUCAGUGGCGGCUGCGGCGCGUCAUAGAACACGUUGUACGCAUCGGGAACGUUCGUUACGGUGUGAAUUGUGCGCGGCACGUUUCGCCCAUGCCGCAACGCUUAACAAACACAUUUUGCGUUCGCAUCGUGGACAGCCCGUGCGCGUUCGUCCGCCGCUUCCGCCGCAAAAUGACCGCGAUCCCGCCUUUCGAUGCGAUAUAUGUUCAACUAAAUUCUGCAGAAAGGAUCUUCUCGCAAGACACGCGAAAGUUCACAAGCCGAGCGAAAAAGUGUUCGAAUGUAACACAUGCAAUAAGAAGUUUCACAGGAAAUGCAGUCUUAGAACACACAUGCGUGUACAUGAAUCUGGCGGUACCGGUGGGAGUACUAGCUCCUGUCUUUGCCUGUACUGCGGCCGUGGCUUCUCCAAUUCUUCGAAUCUCAUUGUACACAUGCGCAGGCAUACAGGCGAAAAACCAUAUAAAUGUGAUUUCUGUGGAAAAGGUUUUCCGCGUUCGUCCGACCUACAGUGCCACAGGCGAUCGCAUACGGGAGAAAAGCCUUGUAUUUGCGGCGUUUGUGGGAAAGGCUUCAGCCGUAGCAACAAGCUCUCUCGACAUAUGCGCGUGCACACAGGCGUUAAGCCGUACAAAUGCGUGUAUUGUGAAAAGGCGUUUUCUCAAAGCAACGAUCUCAAUCUACAUGUCCGGAGACACACCGGCGACAAACCCUACGUUUGUGAGCUGUGCGGCGAGCGGUUCAUACAGGGGACAGCACUGCAUAACCACCGUAGAGCCCACGGACACUAUAGUGAAACAGUCCCACCACCAGCACCGCCUCCUUACUCCGUCGUGCCCGUUCUCCAUACAUCAUCAACACUGUGAAGAACGAAAGUAAAACUACAUAAUCAGUAUUACGUGUUAAAAUAUUAAACUGUAUGUAAUUAUUAUUUCACUCACUAGAGGCUUUCGGGGGUCAUCAAAAAAGGCCAUUGGCCAUUAUUCUUGGUGCAUCAGUGACCACAUUUGCCCUCAGUAUCAAACAUUUCAAUCAUCAUUUCCUCCUUAGGCGGCUGAAGCCUCUCGCUUUUUUGUUGCCUAAUAAGGAGUGUUAUACCACCAUUAUAUAGUCGUGCAGGCCUCGUCAAUAACAAAAAUAUUGGUUGUCUUUAAAGUCGGUUUACGAACGAUGAUUUUACGUGAUAACGUCAUAUAAAAACAUUAGGAAUGGAAGUGUUACCAUUAUUUUGUUUAAAAAAAAAUUGAAAAUUAUAUAUUUUUUCGAUAAAUUAACAUUUAUUUGCAUCUUAAUACAAAUGCGUCACAGGCCAAGCUCUUAGGCCGAUCGUGCCUCUCUAUCGUUUGCUCUCUCGCUUGCGCUUCAGCUCAGGCAGAACGUGACGACCAUUGUUAACAUGUUAAUCCAUUUAAAAGGAAGCGUUCAAGUAUUACGUAACG